AUGACCGUUCAGCCCGAAGGCCUCGAGCCACCAAGCCAGGCAGAUCUAAAGAAGAACCACUCGUCCCUCACAAUGACGGACUCAUCAACGCUCGCUCCAAGUACAUUCGAUAAUUUGAAUGAGAAGAGCUUGAGCAACUCACGGGCUGCCUCACCCACUGAUGGCGAGAAGAUGGAUGACAUUGAGGUUGAAGACAAGGCCAAGGAGGGAGAGGGCGGGGAGAAGGGGGACGAUGGUGAAUACAUGGAGGAUGGACAGAAAUAUCCGGGACCAGUUGCGUUGGGUUUGAUCACACUGGCACUGUGUUUAGCUGUGUUUUUAGUUGCUCUGGACCAAACGAUCAUUGCAACGGCCAUUCCCAAGAUCACGGACCAGUUUGGUGCUCUUGACGACGUGGGCUGGUAUGGGUCCGGGUACAUGUUGACGAUGUGCUCCUUCCAAUUGAUCUAUGGUAAACUUUACAGCUACUUCAGUCUCAAAUGGUGUUUCCUCGCGGCAAUCUGUAUCUUCGAACUCGGCUCUCUCAUCUGCGGUGCUGCGCCUACCAGUGAAGCUCUCAUCGUUGGUCGUGCCAUUGCCGGUCUCGGAUGUGCCGGUAUCUUCUCCGGUGCCCUCAUUAUCCUCGCACACUCGGUACCACUCCGCAAGCGUCCAAUUUACUCAGGUCUCAUCGGCGCCAUGUUCGGAAUUGCAUCUGUUGCUGGUCCCCUUAUGGGUGGUGCAUUCACAGACCACUUGACAUGGAGAUGGUGCUUCUACAUCAAUCUUCCCAUCGGUGCCGUCGUGAUCAUUGCCAUCAUUGUUUUCUUUACCCCACCAGCCCGUGUUAAGGCUGAUAAGCUUACUGGUAUGGAGAAGCUCAAGGAGCUCGAUCUUGCCGGAACCGCCGUUCUCCUUCCUGGUAUUGUCUGUCUUCUUCUUGCGCUGCAAUGGGGAGGCUCAAAGUACCAGUGGUCCAACCCAAAGAUCAUUGGCUUGCUCGUGACCGCCGGUGUGCUCCUCGCCGGCUUUGUCGGCGUUCAGAUCUGGCGUGGUGAGAAGGCCACCAUUCCCCCACGUAUCUUGAGGCAGCGCUCCAUCAUGUCCAGUUGCAUCGUCUCUUUCUCUAUUGGAUCCUGCUUCAUGCUUCUCGUUUUCUACCUUCCCAUCUGGUUCCAGGCCAUCAAAGGCGUUACUGCCACCCAGUCGGGUAUCCGCAAUCUCCCAUUGAUCCUAGGAGUCACUGUCUGCUCGAUCUUAGCAGGUGCAGGAACCACCAUCUUUGGCUACUAUACCCCCUUCAUGCUUGUCGGUGCGGCUAUGAGCGCUAUUGGUGCUGGGCUCCUUACAACCUUCGAGGUUGACACUGCCUCGCCAAUGUGGAUCGGAUACCAGGUUCUUUGCGGAGCCGGAAUCGGUCUCGUCAUGCAGCAACCUAUGAUCGCCGCUCAGACCGUUCUGAAGCUCGAAGAUGUUCCUACUGGUACCUCAUGUGUCAUCUUCUUCCAGACUCUGGGAGGUGCGCUGUUUAUCUCUGUUGGCCAAAACGUCUUCACAUCAAAGCUGAUCGAGGGCCUCACCGCAUCCAUGCCCGACUUCAACCCCGCGAUCGUGUUGUCGACCGGUGCAACAAGUCUGCAGACAAUGUUCUCCGCAGAGCAGCUGCCAAUGAUCCUCGAGGCAUACAACAACGCACUUACACAGUGCUUCUACCCCAGUGUGGCUAUGGCGUGCUUGGGCUUCUUGGGAAGUCUAGGAAUGGAGUGGGUCAGUGUUAAGGGAAAGAAGAUUGAGAUGGGAGUGGCUGCUUAG